GGUAAAGUCUGAAAAUGGCUCCGAACAAGGCUGCCGCUGAAGAGUAUCCAGUGGAUAUUGUGGAUUUAAGUGAUGAUUUUAAGAGUAGCAAGACUCUUGAUUUGGUCCUAGACGAGGAGCACAAAGUCUACAGAUAUUGGAUUCAUUUGAAGUGUAUGAAAUGGCAAAUUGAGUUGCGUGCAAAUUCCUUCGAAUGCUUUGCUGCUUACUUCAAAACUCCAGCCACCUGGUCAGCGGAAGUUGAAUUCGAAAUUCGGGCUCACGUUACAAACUCUGUGAGAAGCGAAAAGUUUACUGGACGAUAUACAGGAUCCAAUCAUGUCUACUUUCGUCCAUUGAAGCUUCAAGAUCAUAUGGUUCGAGAGAAGCUGAGAAGUAUGAGAGUAGAAAUCACAGUGAAUGUCAUUAAAACUAUGAACUUCGGAAUGCUCUACGACUAUUUUGAUGUUCUACCAGAAGAAGAGAAUGCUUUGUUGAAAGUUGAAGAUCGUCUUAUUCGUGUGAAUAAAAGAUAUCUGUCAAUGAUGUCUCCAUUCUUUAAAGCAUUAUUCUAUGGAGAAUUGGGUGAAGAUAAAGAAAUCUAUGAGAUGAAAGAGAAGUUCCGUGAGAUUAUAACUUUCCUCAGAUGUAUUUAUCCACACAGACAACCUGUUACAAAGAAAAGCCUCGACUAUCUUCUCCAACUCGCAGAUCGUUAUCAAUGUCAACCAAUUGUGGAUGCGUGUGAGAUGUUCAUGUGUGCACAUUAUCAUGAAUAUCAGAAGAAGACGGAGAAAUGUUUCUCUUACGUGGAAAAGUAUAAGAUGCAAAGAGUUUUGCGAAUUAUUGUCGAAUACGUGGCAGUAACCCAAUCACCAGCUCAAUUCCGUCUUCAAUCAUACUAUCGAGAUCUUUCUGAGAAGACACAACUUGCUGUUUUGGAUUACAUGGCAAAGAAUCAAAGUCGACGUGGAAAAGAGUUGGAACGUCGUCGUGGAGUAAAUUCUCAUCGAGCAAACAUCGAUCCAAUCGACGAUCAGGAUCCACCAAAUGGACGUCUUCUUGGAAUUGCUGAUCCAUUGAGAAAUGCGGAUCCACGUCCACCACAGCCUGGCUACAAUGUUCCAAGAUAUGGAAAUUUCCGGCCACUUGUAUUCGGCCAUCAUUAGUAUUUUAUCAUAAGCUUUACCCCCAUUUCCAUGACUAGAAAUCUCAAUUGAAUUACAUUAAUUUGAAAUCAAGCACAUACACUCGAAAAUAUCAUUCCCUGUCCAUUUUAUAGUUUUCUUUUUCACUUCAUUUAUUUCCAAAAAUGAUGCAUCUUUCGAAGUAUUUUUAAUAAUUCAAAUUUAGUGAUACAUUUGUAUGUAACAUUUACGCUUUUCAUCUUUUAAUCUUUCAUAAUAAAUGCUCAAUAAUCUAUAAA